AUGUGUAAAUACCGAUACUAUUACUACGCUGGCUGCAGACAUCAAGAGACGGUACUCCACGACUACUGCGACAAGGCAACUUCCGCACCAGCAUCAUCUUCGGCACACACCAUUUCACCUGCCACGACAUUGCCUCCAUCGCAUGCGCAAGCAGGAGGCGCCCACGAGGAUCAGGACGCCACGCCGCGCGCGCGCUCUCCUGCCAAUGUCCCUUCACCUUCUCCGACAAUGUCAACAUCCUCCUCCUCGCACCAUACAACAGCAUCCAACGUCUCGAUUGGCUCAUCAGCACCAACUAGCUUUGCAUCCUCCACCGGAGAUACACCAGACACCUCAUCCAUACAGUUCGAGGAACCACACCGGCGUCACUCGGAGCCUUCGGAGUGUAACAUGGCCAGCCUUCCGCCAUUUGUGCGUGACAAUCUCAGGCAGUUUUUUUCUGGCGGUCAAAUUACAACACCACCCACGGGGACCUUUGGCGACAGACAUGUCAACGACCAAGACCAAGAGAAUUUGCAACCCAUCGAGACCGCAAAUCAAAAUCGCCACUCAGACUCUGCGCAUGCGGCAAACACCACGAAGCUCGUUGUCGACCGUCUGUCCGAUGUUGUCGCCGGCAAGAAUCGAAACGCUUCGUACAGCAGCGUUGAAUCCACCAUGUCUGAAUCUGAGUUCGAUGCCAUUGAGCGAGACAUCGACACCCUGAAGCAGCAAGUGGCAGGACUGAGAAGCGGUUCACGAUCAGGGCGUAGCGCGCCAACCGGCGUCGAGCACCAGACUCAAAGCAAAUCAUCGUCAACUCGAACCAGGAUCCCAGGCCCUGUAGCACCCCCCAAAGAGUCCGCUGCCGCUCGCUUGCAGCGUGAACAUGAGAAGGCACACGAACAACACACAAGAUCAUCCGGGUCUCACCAAGCGAAGCCGCCUCCACCACCUCCCAGCCCUUGCGACUUCCCGGAGCUUGCCCAAAGCAACACUGACCAACGACCUCGUGCCUUUACUGCCGAUGCAAACAGAGAUAAGCCCUCGUAUGCCAACAUGGCUACAACUGGCAUGAUGGAUGCGCUCAGCAGGAGAUUUGCGGGCACCGAAGGCACACACAGCCAGAAAAUGUGCUCGAGUGGCUCAGCUUCCAGAAGCACUCGUGGUAGCUUCACCAGUUCAUCCAGAACAGACGCCAUGGCCACGGAGGGCCAGAUGCACACAGCAUCAGCAGUCAGCCCUGAAUGCGAGCGCUCAUCUGCAUCAAAGGAUCAGACUUCCUCGCUUGCAGGACGUUCGCCACGAUUUGCACAGCCCACCAAGACUUACACUCAACGAGCCGAUGCCACCACGCGCAAGGACUCUGUCACAUCGAGAGUGUCUCCGGCUGGGUCGCCUACCAAGUCUAGUCGUGCUCUGCCUCAGCUUCAGACUAAGCGAAGUGCUCUACCUGGCGGCUGGUUGAGCAGCCCCGAGGUUUCUCCAACCACCCAUGUUUCAACGCCAUCAAUUAAUGGUACUGUGGACGCCAGCUCGCCAUCCUCGAACGAGCGCUGGCAAUUCAUCAGUCAGAGCUCGAAGGAGACUGCCACGAACGCAGAGCCAACCUUGCGAAAGAAGACUAGCUCAUACAUGUCACCGACCAAAGCGACCACCCUUCGCAAUGUUGCUACUCUCGGUCAGGAGAACAUCAAACAUACCUCUCCUCGCGUCAAGAAGUCUGUGACGCGCAUUGACACCAAAGUAUCACCUUCACAUAAGGCCAUGAAUUCCGCGAACUCUCAUCAGCCAGACUCUGCGAUUUCUGGCACCACAUCUACCGAGAGUUAUAUGUCGUCUCCCGACGUAGCAAUCCUCACCGAGGGAAGAGCGAUCAAUCCUUGGAAUCUGCAUCAGACACACGUUGGCGAAAAGACCCUGGUGGGUCCCACGCCCACCUCAUUCGAACCAGCUAUCCGUGCGGCCGGAGCCCACGAUCGUAAUGUCCUCCCUCGCAUCAAUACAGUGCUGCCAUGCGGAGUUGAAGAAGUCCAGUCAUCAACCAGCGAUCCCGCUUCCGCUUUGUUUGGGCAUGUCGAGCUUCAGAAUACCUCCAUCGCUACUGGAGAGUGCGUCAAGACCGAACGUUCGCUCGGAUCAAGCCGUGGCCAUGAGCACCCAGAGCUCGCGGCUAGCAGGAAGCAGACUGCUACGAAUAAGUCAAUACCGUCAAGCGCUGUACCGAUCGUGCGGCCACACACCUCGAUGCCAGAGCCAAUGCCACGCAAGCUGCACGCAGCCCGACAAUCUACGACCGGCUCACUUGGCCUAGUGGUCGACGACCUUGCAGCGAAAGCGAAAGCUAGAGGACUGCCAAUGCCUGCCAAUACUGUCGCGAAGCGUAGAGUCUCCCAUGGCCACCUGCUGAUUCCGAUAACGAGCAAGCUCGACAGCCUUGGUUUGCUGAGACAACCAGCUGCUGCAAGCAGUCCAGCCACGAGUCAAGCCACACCGUUCUCGACAGCGCAGCAGCAGGUACGUCAGCUACUACCGCAAACGCCUCACAUGUCGCCGCCAUUGGAACCCAGGCCUGUUCCAGCUGCGCCUCGGGUUCGGACCAAGGCCGUGCCGCCUCACCUUCGACGCAAACACAACACUUCAUCGGCAGAUGAGCCUACGGAACUCUAUAGAGAUGCUACUGGAUCGAAUGACAAUCGUAUCUCGGGGUCAGCAUGUCAAGAUUUCGCUCGGAGCUCACAGGUACCAUCGCUUCGAGCAACUGCGCAAGAGUUCACACCCAAGUGGAAGCCGAAGACCAUCGAGCAGGAGCUAGGUCUUCUUGACUGGGAAGGCUGGUUCUCCUACCGCUCUCCCGAGGAGUGGAAUGCUCUGCAUCCGGGUAUCAGAGCAGCAAUCCAGGCGAUACGUGAAUACAAGUGUAAAGGUGGUCGUCCACCAAGUGGUACCUUUCCCGGCAUGUCACCGACCAAGAUUCGCUCCAAGACCGCGAACCAACGAUUUUGGGCAAAUUUGAUGCAGAAUCAGACUCCAACCUCCAAUUCCGACAGCAGUAUCAACAUGUCACCAGGCGAUGUUGUUGCCGCCAUGCAGGAGUCGAUCGCACAGUACGGCGCCAGCGGGAACGUAGAGGCAGGUCAGGUCCUCAAGCCUGAGAUCAACCCAGAGACCAAUGCCAUCCAAUGGGUCAUGCAGGAGCCAGACGGCCGUAAAGUAUCGGUCACUUUCGGCAGAGCUGCUGCACCUGCGCCGGCACUUGGCUCCUGUGGUGCUUUUGAUUCUCCCAGCACUGUCACCAUUUCACCGAACUCCUUGGAUUCCUCGCAACGAUACAAUGCACCAUCGCCAGAACAGAGCAGUAACGUCUUUCGCACUCCAUCCGGCAAUCACAACCGACGUGGCUGGUCGAUCGCAUCUGCUCUGAGAGAUCCAACUGGUUGGGCUAUCGGCGAUGGCCGCGAGAUCAGAUAUGUUGGCAACGGAAACGCCAACACUGCAUCUCACUACAGCCCCGUUGCACCAUCCCAGCAAGGCGUUCGCGAGGGACCAGACCAAGCUCCAAGGAUGAUCGGCGAUGAGCAGGACAGCGGAAGCGGCUCAAUACCUUUGGCUCCACGCUCUCGCGAGCAAUGGGCGAAACUUCUGCCUCAAACCAGGAUGCCAUGUGGCAACAUCGAGGUCACCGAUGCCAUCGAGCAGAUUCCAAUGUCGGCUAUGGACGGUGCUCCGCUCUACGGCUUCUGUGGGCCUUGCUCGGGUCUAGCGUUACCCGACUUCGUGCAUCAUCUUCGACCUCCGCCACCUUUGACCAGAACGAUGUUCUCCCAGCUUAGCAUACCUGCUGUGCUGUUGCAUGCGUUUGGUGCAACAGCAUCAUGGACCGCGUACCAAGAAUACCAAGCUUCACUGCCCAAGAACUGCACCAAGUCUCCUUCCAAACGACCUGAACUUUCCUACGAGCCGAAUGCACCAUUCCUGGACCUCCCAGCAUCGCCGUCCCGAAACAGGACCUGCUUCGUCAAGUCGCACGAUGAUCUCACUACCGAUGACUCCGAGUACAUACUAUCCGCCCUUCAUGAGUGCAACCAUGGCGGUCAGGUUGUCUUUCCUCAAGGCACGACCUGUGUCGUUGGCACCGCCCUAGACCUCCAGUUCCUCAAGCACGUCGAUAUCGACAUUCAGAGUUACAUCCAAUUCACCAACGAUACCGACUACUGGCAGGAGAAUGCCUUCUACCAGACCUUUCAGAAUGCAACGACCUUCUUCCAGCUCGGUGGCGAGGACGUGAAUGUCUACGGUGGAGGCAUGUUGGAUGGUAAUGGCCAGGUCUGGUACGAUGCGUACGCCGAAGACAUCUACAUCCUUCGCCCGAUCUUAUUCGGAACGAUUGGCCUCAAGUCCGGAAUCAUCGCGGACAUCAACUUGAGGUAUUCACCGCAGUGGUACAACCUCGUGGCGAACUCGACAGAUGUUGUGUUUGAUGGAUUGACGAUCAGUGGGUAUAGUCAAAGUGAGCAUGAGGCGAAGAACACGGAUGGAUGGGAUACAUACCGCAGUGAGAAUGUGGUGAUUCAGAAUUCUGUUAUCAACAAUGGGGAUGAUUGUGUGAGUUUCAAGCCGAAUAGCACGGAGAUCUUGGUGCAGAAUUUGCAUUGCAAUGGAAGUCAUGGGAUCAGCGUGGGCAGCCUGGGGCAGUAUGUCGGCGAGGUGGAUAUUGUGGAAAAUGUUCUGGUCAGUAUUGGUCGAUUUGAGAAGAUCUACAACAUUUCCAUGUCGAAUGCCUCCGAUGGUGCUCGCAUCAAGGUCUGGCCAGGAAGUCCAGUUGCCUUGUCAGGAGACCUGCAGGGUGGAGGUGGCUCUGGCCGUGUCAAGAACAUCACAUACCAGGACAUGGCCAUCACCAACGUCGACUACGCCAUCGAGAUCACGCAGUGCUAUGGGCAGAAGAACUUGACGCUCUGCAACGAAUUCCCGAGCAACCUCACGAUUAGCGAUAUCACCAUCAGCAACAUUCAUGGUACCACCAGCACGAAGUACGAUCCCAUCAGUGGGUAUGUGGUAUGCAGCAGUCCAGACGUCUGCUCAAACAUCACGUUGAACGACAUCGAUGUGGUGUCUCCUGAUGGAAGCGAGAACCUUUUCACCUGCGGUGUGGUCGACGAGAGUCUUCUCCACGACAUCGACUGCACGUCGACCAAAGAUGGUAGCAAUUAG